CGAGCACCACCAUGCUGCCGGCGCACUGCCAUCCUGCCAGUGACUCCGCCCGGCUGAGCAUCUACACGAGGUAAUACUCUGCGCGCAAUCGACCCGCCGCCUGCCAUGUCCACCGCCGCCGCUGCCGACGAUGCUGGCGAUCUGGGCAUCUCCCUGGCCCAGAAGAUGCUGUCUGCCGUCACGGGCAGCGUCUUGACUUCGCUCCUAGUGACGCCUCUCGAUGUCGUCCGCGUCCGCCUACAGUCUCAACACCACACACCAUCGACUCAAUUGCGGCCUUUGACCUCCACACUCCCCCUAACCCAAUUUCGCGACAUGCCACCCAACCUCGGAAUAUCACAAUGCUGUCGGGAGGUUUUCUGGAUAAACAAUAACGCACAGUACUGUGUGGCCGGACCUACCGUCGCGCCUAUAAACCCAGCGAGUGUCGCCUGUGCCGUGGAGGAGACGGAACGCACAACCAUCAACAGCACAUUGGAUGGCCUCCGUAAAAUUGCACGUAACGAGGGACCUAGGACACUGUGGCGAGGGCUUUCGCCCACUCUAGCCAUGGCAGUGCCGGCUAAUGUCAUCUACUUCGCCGGGUACGACUGGCUACGCACUGCACCUAAAUCGCCUUUCAAGAAUACCGUGCCAGAUGCAUAUGUACCUCUCGCUGCUGGCGGGAGUGCUCGUAUAAUGGCAGCAGUAGUGGUUGGUCCGAUUGAAAUCUUCAAGACGAGAAUGCAAGCGGCCCACCAUACAACCACCCCUGCCGGCCAUUUCCGAGAGACACUGGAUGGACUACGGGAAAUGGUUGCGGCUCAGGGAAUUCGCAGCUUGUGGCGAGGAUUGACCCUGACGCUGUGGAGAGACGUCCCAUUCUCGGCAAUCUACUGGUGGGGCUAUGAGACUGGGCGAAAUACGUUGACGGAUGUUCGUGGGAGAGCAGAGGCCAGAAAGGACGGUGUCGAGUUCGCGAAAGGAGCUGGCGCAGAGAAGGUCAGACGGAGGAGCCGUUCGAGGAACCACGAGAACCACACCGCAACUUUAGUGGAUAGCUUCGUCGCUGGCGCCACUUCAGGUGCCGUAGCCGCCUUGGUUACCACUCCGUUCGACGUUGGAAAGACUAGGCAGCAAGUAAUGCGGCGCGCGGGAGAUACAACAGGCCAAGCUGUUGGUGGCAUUGUCCGUCCCGAGGAUAGAUCGAUGCCACGCUUCUUAUUGCACAUAUUCAAAGAGCAAGGAAUUCCUGGUCUAUUCAGAGGAUGGGCGGCUCGAUGCUUAAAAGUUGCACCGGCAUGUGCCAUUAUGAUAAGCAGCUACGAGGUCGGCAAAAAGAUGGCUAACGACAUAAACGACGUAAGAAGCCAGAAACGAUUGGGAGGUUAGGCGAGGCAUCUCACGGUAUAAUCCUUUCGGCGAUGCUGAUUCUGACACCUCAAGGUCAAGAUCUGCCCCUGCUCUCUACCCGUUCGUUGGGUGUAUAUAUAGGCUAGGACAUCCUUUACGCCAAGGUUGACCCAUGUAAGAUACUUUUUUGGGCCUAUGGAGUUUGGAUGCACUCGUACUCUUUUAGCGUUGGCAUGGCGUUGUUUUGACGUACAAAAGCGAUUCGAUACCAGCGCGUUCGCGUUUAGAACCGCACAUGUAAUGUACUUGUACGAUUAAACUGCAAUACGAAACUUUUCAUACAUUGAC